CUAGGAUAAGCAGCUAUGACUUUAUCAAAGGAAAGUAACCAAUCGGAACCUAAAACUGAAAUUACUGCUGCCAAAAAGAGAAGGAUCAGACGGAAGAGAUUAAGAGCAGCAAAACAAUAUAAGGAAGUGCAAAAUAAUAUCUGUUACUGUGUAGCAAUUAAUACAAAUAAAAAAACAAAUUCAAUCGACUUACGGCAGACUAAUUCUACUACUGAUCUUGAUAAUAAUAUUCUGAAUAAGAGCACUGUUGCAGAAAAUAAAUCAGUUAGUGACAUCGAGGACAGUGUUAGAGGAGCUAUCGAAAUGUUGAAGGAACAAGAAAAAAGUAGAGAUGAAGUUCUAGCGGCCAGAGAAGCUAAGAAGUUAGCAAAACUGAAAGCUAAAAAGAAAAAUGAGGAUACCGGAAAUAGCGUCACAAAAACACAGGACACACCAAAACAGGGGAAAAAUGAAGAGAAAAAUGAUAAAGUUGAAGGACAAACUUCACAUACUGAAACAAAAAUUGACAAUUCUCCUAAUAAAGAUAAAGAUGAAGUGGACAGAGCUGUUAUAAUUAAUAAUGAAGCUAAAGAAAAUGUCAAAGAAAGAGAGAUUGUUUUGGCUCAAAGAGCAGCUAAGAAAUCACUGAAGGGUAAAAAGAUUGAUAUGCCGAGUGAGCAAGUCAUAAAUGCGACCGUUAAUGAUGUAGUGAAUACACUCAAAGAUAUCGUGACAGUCGCCAGAGAAGUAAAGGAGGUUACAGACAAAGUCAAAGCUAUAGAUUUAGGUAAAAAGUCCGAAGAAUCACAGAAAAGCAAAGCAGAAUUGAAAGCUGAAAGGCGUGCUAAACAAGAAGCUCAGAGAGCAGCAAAACAAAAAGAAAUUGAAGCUAAGGCCAAGAAGACAGCUGAACCACCAAAACCUAAAGAGGAAAAACCUGUAAAGACUAAAGUGCCGGAAAAACCGAAACCAAAGAUGCAAAAGAUGAACUGGUUCCAGAACGUUCCUAUGGAACACGAGAAAGAAGCUCUGAAGAAGAUAGCUAUAAAUUCAAACUUGCAUCCAGCCGUUAUAAAGCUGGGAGUACAGCUGGCGUCGCGGGUCGUGACCGGAUCUAACGCCAGGUGUAUAGCAUUUCUGGAUGCUUUAAAGAAGGUGGUGAGAGACUACAGUCUGCCCGCUAAGACUGAGUUCGCUCGUGGUCUGGAAUCUCAACUGGCCGCAUGUGUCGACUUCCUGUGGUCUAUGAGACAUCCGGCCGCCUCGCAGACAAACGCACUCAAACAUUUCAGACAUCACCUAACACAGCUGCCGAAUAAUGUGGACGAAUUUGAUGCCAAGAAACGUCUCCAGGAGGAAAUAGACCGUUACAUCCGGGAACAGAUCGACAUGGCGGGUGAAGCGAUCAGCAUCGCAGUGAGAAACAAAAUAACACCCGGGGAUACCAUACUCACAUACGGCUGUUCGUCUCUGAUCGAGCGUAUCCUGUGCGAGGCUCAUGCAGCCGGGGUCUGUUUCUCGACGGUGGUGGUCGGCGAGAGAGGGAACCGCGGCCCAACAGAGAUGCUGCGACGACUCGCCACUAAAGGACUCAACUGCGUCUACGCCGACCUAUCAGCGCUGAGCUACGUCAUGAAAGAGACGGACAAGGUUCUAGUAGGUGCGGCGUGUCUGUUAGCCAGUGGCGCGGUGGUGGGGGCCGCGGGGACCCUUCAGACUGCGCUGCUAGCUAAAGCAAACAACGUACCGCUUCUGGUUGCCUGUGAGACGCACAAAUUCUCUGACACCGUCCACACAGACGCUAUGAUCUACCACGAGACUGGUGACCCGGAAGAUUUGAUUGAUAAAACUGACGAGAAUUCACCCCUUAAAGACUGGCAGUCCAACCCAAACUUGAAUUUGUUGAACCUAACGUAUGACGUCACACCGCCCAGCCUCGUGACAGCCGUAGUGACGGAAUUAGCGAUCUUGCCAUGUACGAGCGCUCCCGUUGUACUUAGAUUUAAAUUAUCCGAAUACGGUAUAUAAAAUAAAAGUUAAAUAUUGUCCAACGUUUUCAUUGUAUGUUAGAAAAAUAUUGUAAAUCGUCAUAUUUAUUCGGUAAACAAAUUAUCUAUUCGUAAUGUAUAUAUUAUUAAUGUAAAUAUGCACAAAUAGAACGGGAUAUGUUUUAUGUUACUUUAUAAACUUAAUAAUUAAAAUUGUCAUUUAUAAAAAUAUAGUUUCAAUGAAUUCAAAUUGUCUAUGAAAAUGUUGUCUUUGGUGUUGAAACAUUUUAUAUAUAAUUAUUUGCAUACUAUCUCUUUCUAAAAUAAACUCCCAACCAAGUAAAUCAAAUUUUAAAAACAUACAUCUUUUCUAACACUCACACCUUUUGUAGUGUAAAACUAUAACAGAAGUAUCUAAGUCUCAAUAUAAUUUAAAAAGAUAAAAUAAUGUUUUUUUUGCACGGAUGAAGGCCAUAUAAAAAAAGUUUUUUAUUAAAAUGCAUGCAUAAAUAAUAACUUGAAAAUCAUUUGAUGUUGUUUGGUUUUGUAUAUGUAUUAGUGCAUUCUUAAUAACACUUUAAGUAACAUGAAGAUAAAAAUUGUCAAAAUAUGUAAGUUUACAUUCUGAUUGAGAUUUUUCAUAUUUUAUUAACUUUAAGUGGACCUUAAGACUUAAGUAAUAUUCGUUGUUACUAAUUAAAUGCUCAAAAUAUAUAUUUACGUCUU